AAACACUGUGGAGUGCUCCGGUGUAAAUAAAAAGAGGGGAAAAAAAGUUUCUUAAGUCGUCACUGCACGACGUCUGGCCGGCGCCGGGGCGGGGGUCUACGCUCUCCCGAGCGGCCGCGCGCUGGACUUUAUUGUGCCGCAACAAGCCCCCGUCCCCAUUGUUUGUUUUUCAAAAUAUGGCAAAGGUUCAGGUGAACAAUGUAGUGGUGCUGGAUAAUCCUUCUCCUUUCUAUAACCCGUUCCAGUUCGAGAUCACGUUUGAGUGCAUCGAGGACCUGUCUGAAGACCUGGAGUGGAAAAUUAUCUAUGUGGGCUCUGCAGAAAGUGAAGAAUACGAUCAAGUUUUAGACUCUGUAUUAGUGGGACCUGUUCCUGCAGGAAGGCAUAUGUUUGUAUUUCAGGCUGAUGCACCUAAUCCAGGACUCAUUCCAGAUGCAGAUGCAGUAGGUGUAACAGUUGUGCUAAUUACAUGCACCUAUCGAGGUCAAGAAUUUAUUAGAGUUGGCUAUUAUGUAAAUAAUGAGUAUACUGAGACAGAAUUAAGGGAAAAUCCACCAGUAAAACCAGACUUUUCUAAGCUUCAAAGGAACAUUUUGGCAUCAAAUCCCAGGGUCACAAGAUUCCAUAUUAAUUGGGAAGAUAACACAGAAAAACUGGAAGAUGCAGAGAGCAGUAAUCCAAAUCUACAGUCACUUCUUUCAACAGAUGCACUGCCUUCAGCAUCAAAGGGAUGGUCCACGUCAGAAAACUCACUAAAUGUCAUGUUAGAAUCCCACAUGGACUGCAUGUGACCACUUGCCAUCCCUUUAGUACAAAUUAAGCUAUAAAAACACAGAACUAUUUCCCUGAAAUUCCGUAAGUACAUAGCCAACCAAGACACAAUGUGAAGAAUUUGUUUAAAAAUCAUCCUGUAGAAACUUUAUAAGAAAACCAGUAUUUGAGCAAAUUGUGGAAUAUAAAUACAACUAUUUUUAAGUAA